CUGUGGCAAGAAGGGUCACAUUGGCAGAAAAUACUAGAAUUCGGGGGGAGUUAGUAACUUUUUCUUCCCUGGUGUGCACACACUGGAAAUGAUCUCAGCUGAUCAGCUGUUCGAAGAAAACAAUAAUCUAUUUCAGUUUAAAAAAGCGGCAUUUCACAUUGUUUAGUAAAUUUUAAGGAAAGUAAAUAUAAAUAUAGGUAUUUCUUGUAUUUGGCAACUUGUGAAAUCAAAAAGCAAAAUGUUUUUCUAUAACCCAGGCCAAAAACGAUCCUUUGGACUCUAACCAUGGAAAUCGAGACUUAGGAAUCGAUUCUUUAAGAAUAUAUUGAUUAUAUUGCUUAACGAAAUGCCAAUUGUGGCACAAAGGUUAUACAAGUAAAUGGAAUUUAGUUUGGAAGGAUCUCGUUCCUACAGCGCCUGGUGACCUGACUUUUGAGCCGGCGACGACUUCCUGGCUGGUGCAUCUUAUCGCCGGUCAAUAAAUGUACAUAAAAGCGCCCACGACAGGACAAAUAGCAAGGAGCAAGGACUCGCAGCCACAGAAACAAUAACAAUAGUCAAGCCGCAGGACUCGACCACAACAAGCCACAAUCGGCAAUCAUCAACACUGGCGCGCCGCAGACCGAGAAGGGGUCAGAGGUCAGAGAGAGGCGCUUUCUCGAUUUCUGAGGGCGCCAGUUGCAUUUUGACAACGGCAACGAACCAAAAACACCCGCGCACAAGCCAUGACAGCUGUACGGGAGACCCACUCCCCGGGAGCCCGAAUCGGCAUCGGAAUCGAAAUCGGGCAAAAACUAAAGCUAAAGCCCCAGUUACAGCCACAUCGGACGGCCAAGAAUCUGCACGCCCUGCUGGAUCUGCCCGCGGCGAUGGAACUGCGCCAAAUUGAGUUGAUCUAUCGGGCGGAGGGUAAUGCAAAUUUGGUGCUCGCCUUGCCGCAAUUUAAAAAAGUUUUACGUUUGCCAAAAAUGAUAUCCAGCAGACUGCGGCAGGAGAAGCAGCAUAAGCCGGAGGAUGGGGUUGCCCAGCCGGAAGGGCAACGCGACUCAUCCGCCGAUGCCGGGGCUGAAAAAGCUGGCGACUUGACAAUGCCGGAUUUUAUGGCUUAUAUCGGGAUAAUGCGCCGUCUAUUAGGAAAUGAGUUUGUCUGCGGAGCGGAUAUUGUUGCCAUACCGAAGGAAGACGAUAGAUUCUGGAUAAACGAGCACAUACGCGACCAAAGACCGGUUUCGCGUCUGGAUAAGGAAUUUGUGGGGCCAUUCGGCCUGCUGCUGCCAGAUGUGACCCAAUUGCCUGCCACGUUCGAUGUUUUACUUGCCAAUUUACAGGCAAAGGGCAAAACAGGAGAUGAAACUGGAGACGGAGGAGGAGCAGCAGCAGGAACGAGGACUGGGAACAGGAGCAGUGUCCGUCGUCUGGGCGAUACAUAUGCCAUCGAAAUAAAACCCAAACAAGGCUGGCUCCAGUUGGCAAGUGAUGUCAACGAUUUAUUUGAUUUAAUGCCGGCAGGAGCAGAGACAAAGCCAAAGGAGGAGCCCCGCAAUCGGGAGGAGCAGGAACCUUCACCCCGGGACAAGUGCUGGUGUCGCUUUUGCAGCAUGCAGCUGCUGAAGCUGCACAAUGGGAAAAUCAAACGUUUGGGCCACUACUGUCCGCUGGAUCUAUUCUCCGGUGCACCCGGUCGUAUGCUCGAUGCCUUGGAUGCACUUCUCGCCUGCCCGCAAAAUAAUUUACGUGUAUUUCAGAACGGCAAUUUAAUUUAUGGCGAUCACGCGAAUUCGAUUUCCUUCGAUGAAUUGCACUCGCGUGUCUUUCCCGGCGAAAUUAUGGUGCUUAUAAAACAUUUGCUGGUGGCCUGCCUGCUCAGGGAAUACAAGGACCCGGAAUCCAACAGGGCAGAGAGCCCCAAUCAGAGCCAGAAGCAGGAGCAGGAGCCCCAGCCGGAGCAGCUGAAUCAGAGUCGCGUUUCAAUUGCGGCAACGGAGACAAAAGCAGGAGCUGCUGGAAUUGGCGCCGCUAAUGUUGUCCUGCCGUUUCGGGGCGGGACAGCCGCCUCUGUUGUCACUGCCGGUCAAUCCUCGCCGAGGACAAGAGCAGCUGCUGCAACAGCCACGACCCAAAGGUACACAAAAGUGGCCAGAAUGGAAACAACAACGUUCGCAGCAGCCACGUCGAGAAGCCAACUGUCCGGCACCGUGUUGGCAACGGCAACUGCAAUGGCAACUCGAACGGAAACAAAAACAAAAGCGGAACCGGAAACACAGGCGGCUCCUGGCACGAGUCGCAAUGAGAAUCAGAACGAAAGCCGAAAUCGGAAUCAGAAUCAGAAUGAGCCUUCGAAUCAAACUGUAACUCAAACUCAAGCACAAAUCAACAAAGCGGAAGUAUUUCGCUUACCAAAAAAUUGUGUGUUGCAAAAAAUUUUGAAUUUGCAAUUGCAGCGCCACUUCGACUUCAUGUGGCAAUCCGGCUACUCCGACCACUCCCAGCCCACUUACAACUCGCUCCGGGGACUGCUGGCCUCCGCCGAGGAGAGAAAUGAGGUGGAAUUCGAGCCGGAUGAGGAGCAGGCUUAUAUGGUAGGAGCCACCGCCCUGGACUGCUCGAUUAUGUUGACGUUUCAGGAAAUCGAAAUCAAAUGCGAAGCCGAUUGCCCGGCUGGCCAGAGCGAUGCACUACGAGCACUGCAGCCCUGGUGCGUCUCCCUGCUGGGUCAUCACUUUCUAACCAAGCUGUGUGUCCUCGAUUUGGAUCCCAAGCCCGACAGUCACUUUCAUAAAUUCAUGGCGCAGACACGUGAAAUUGAAAAGUGCCGUCGAGCAUUAAAUUAAUUAAUAAACUUUAUACCCAACUAAAAGCCGCACGCAUCGACUGCGGAGCUCACAAAACUGUGCUACACUUUUCUCCUCAAUAUGAAUUUAGUUGCUCUUUUUUUGCUCUGCAGCUUUUCGAGCUGUUUUUAUACCCGUUUGUUAAGUAGCACAAGGGUAUGUUGAAUUCGUGUGAGUCCUUGUAACUAGUUACAAGAAGGCGAAUGGUUGGGCUAUCAAGCGCUCAAAGUGUCAGACAUUCUGGCUAAGACUCUGCCAUGUUGCCGGUUUAAAUCCGCUUAAUUGGUCGGAAGCGAAGCUAAACCGAGGUUUUACUGAUGUCUGCUGAGAUUUUAACUUAAUAAGUGCGGAAUCUUGAUUUCGGGUAUUAUAUGUUGGUCCUCAAAGGAAAUAUUUGGAUAAAAAUAUCAGGAUACCAGAAAACACCUUAAAUGGCUUAGACUAUUAAAAAUAGAACAUUAACAUGAGUGAAUU